AAGAGUUCAGGAUGGCGGCGCUGCACAGUGACAGUGAGGAGGACCUGGUCAGCUAUGGGACGGGCCUGGAACCUCUGGAAGAAGGUGAAAGACCAAAGAAACCAGUUCCUCUUCAGGAUCAGACUGUCAGAGAUGAAAAGGGAAGAUAUAAGCGAUUUCAUGGAGCCUUUAGUGGAGGUUUCUCUGCCGGGUACUUCAAUACCGUUGGCUCAAAAGAAGGAUGGACACCUUCCACCUAUGUGUCUUCACGACAAAAUAGAGCAGACAGAUCUGUUGUUGGUCCUGAAGAUUUUAUGGAUGAAGAGGAUCUUAGUGAAUUUGGGAUAGCACCUAAAGCAAUUGUUACCACAGAUGAUUUUGCUUCCAAAACCAAAGAUAAAAUACAAGAAAAGGCCAGACAGUUGGCAGCUGCCACUGCCCCGAUUCCUGGAGCCACUCUGCUUGAUGACUUCAUAACACCGUCCAAAUUGUCUGUUGGUUUUGAAUUGCUAAGAAAAAUGGGUUGGAAAGAGGGACAAGGAAUCGGUCCUCGAACAAAGAGAAGGCCACGCCGACAGAAGCCUGAUCCUGGAGUAAAAAUCUACGGCUGUGCAUUGCCCCCCGGAGGCUCUGAAGAAUCAGAGGGUGAAGAGGAUGAGUACCUGCCUGAUAACGUGACCUUUGCCCCCAAAGACGUCACCCCUGUGGAUUUCACACCGAAGGACAACGUACACGGGCUGGCGUACAAGGGCCUGGAUCCCCACCAAGCAUUGUUUGGAACUUCAGCCGAACAUGUCAAUCUUUUCAGUGGGGGACCUGAGGGAGCCAGCAAUCUUCUCGGAGAAGCUGGACUUCAUAAAGGAAGAAAACUGGGAAUUUCAGGCCAGGCCUUUGGUGUAGGUGCCCUGGAGGAGGAAGAUGAGGAUAUUUAUGCCACAGAAACGCUGUCGCGGUACGACACCGUCCUGAAGGACGAGGAGCCUGGAGAUGGACUCUACGGCUGGACAGCGCCCCGGCAGUACCGGAGUCAGAAAGAAUCAGAGAAAGAUCUUCGAUAUAUUGGCAAAAUUUUGGAUGGAUUUUCCUUGGCUUCUAAACCUUUAUCAUCUAAAAAAAUCUAUCCACCCCCUGAGCUGCCCAGGGACUAUCGACCAGUGCAUUAUUUCCGACCCGUGGUUGCCGCCACCUCCGAGAACUCCCAUUUACUUCAGGUGUUAUCUGAGUCAGCUGGAAAGGCAGCGCAGGAGCCAGCAACACACAGUAGGCACCAGCUGAAUGCCUCCAAGCGGGGGGAGCUGCUAGGAGAGACGCCAGUCCAAGGUUCAGCGACUUCAGUGUUAGAGUUUCUGUCCCAAAAGGACAGAGAGAGGAUCAAAGAAGUGAAGCAGGCAACUGACCUGAAAGCAGCACAGCUCCAGGCCAGGGCUCUGGCGCAGAGCGUGGCAAGCAGCAGAGCCGGGCCUUCGGCACCAGACCUGGGACACAGCUCCUGGCAUGCGGCCCUGGGCGGCAUGACAUCCCCUGCAAGAGCCAGCAACUUUAGGCCUUUUGCUAAAGAUCCAGAGAAACAAAAACGAUAUGAAGAGUUCUUAGCACAUAUGAGAAAGGGUCAGAAAGAUGCCCUGGAGCGCUGCCUGGACCCCAGCAUGACCGAGUGGGAGCGUAGCCGCGAGCGCGAAGAGUUCGCCCGGGCAGCCCAGCUGUACACAUCUUCCCACACGACCCUGUCCUCCAGGUUCACACACGCCGAGGAGGAGGAGGAUUCAGAGCAAGUAGAAGUCCCUCGAGACCAAGAGAGUGAUGUCAGUGACAAGCAAUCUGCUGUGAAGAUGAAGAUGUUCGGGAAGCUGACCCGGGACACGUUUGAGUGGCACCCUGACAAGCUUCUGUGUAGAAGGUUCAAUGUUCCCGAUCCCUAUCCAGGUUCAACUUUGGUUGGCUUACCAAGAGUGAAGCGCGACAAAUACUCAGUGUUCAACUUUCUGACUCUUCCGGAGCCCACCUCCUCACCCACAGCACCGGCAUCCAGGGAUAAAGCCCCGCAGCCCCGAGAGUCAAGGAAACCAUCCAGAUGGGAUACAUCUCAGCAUGAAAAGAAGGAAGAUUCCAUUAGUGAAUUUUUAAGUUUGGCUAGAUCAAAAGUGGGUCCUCCUAAGCAAGAGUCCAGUCCCGUUGUGACUAAAGAGGAUGCCCGUGCAGCAGACUCCCUCUCGGAAAAGGCAGCAGACAGAGGUGUGGACCCGCAGAGUGAGGGGGAAGGAGGCCGCCCAUCCAUGGACUUAUUCAAGGCCAUCUUCGCCAGCUCCUCGGAGUCCUCUUCAGAGGAGGAGGAAGAGCAAGAUGACAGUGAGGACGAGCAGGCACGUCCAGAGGAGGCCACCUUCCAGGGCUCCCAGGACUCUGAUGCCCUGGGGGAAGCCGCAUCUGUGGCCCACGCUGCUGAGCCUGUGCCUGCGCCUUCCAAGUCCGCCCCGGCACCUCCCUUCCCGAUACAGAAGAUGCAGCUGGAUGAACCGGAAGAGUUUGGCCCAAGGCUGCCACCCGUCUUCUGCCCCAAUGCUCGUCAGAAACCUGAAGCACCUCAAAAAGAGAAAUGUAAAAAGAACAAAGAAAAACACAAGACCAAGAAAGACCACAAACGAAAGAAGGAGAAGAAAAAGAAACACAGGAAGCACAAACAUAAAGGAAAACAAAGGACUAAAAAAUCAGAGAAGAGCAGUAGUUCUGAGAGUACCGACAGCCUCGACAGCCAGAGUGACGGAGAGGGGGCCCCCGACCUGUCGCCUCAGGAGCUGUUGAGACGGUAG